AUGAAUAAAAUUGUAAUAAUUAAAAAUCAAACCAUAAUUAUAAAAAUUAUAAAUUAUUUAACAUCAUUUUGGGUUAGUGGUGGUAAAUUUGGAGAUUCAUCGUCAAAUGAAAUGUUUUCAUUAGUUUUUAUUGGGAUAGUACGUGAUUUAUCAAUGGUUUCAAAGGAAUGGUAUAAUACAAUAAUACCAAUUGGAUUGAAAUUACCACAAUACUAUCUACUAAAUGAAAGUGAAUUAUUGAAUAAAGGAAUUAAAAGAAUGAUUAAUUCAAAAUCAAUAUUCAUUAAAUUAGGUAGUGUUACAAAUGCUAAUCAUAAAUCUAGAUUAUUAAAUGAAUUCAGUGAUUCGAUAUCAUCGAUUACAUUAAAACCAAAUUUCAAUGCAACUGAUAUAAGUAAUAGUAACCAAUUCAAUAUUAAACCAUGGUGUUUUAAAAAUUUACAAAGUUUACAACUAAAUUUAGGAGAUUAUCCAAAUUGGAAAAUUUAUUUAAAUCAUUUAUUCCCAAUUAAUCAAUUCAAUUCACAAAUUAAUGCUACAAAUGAUCAAUUAGAAUUAUUAAAUAAAUUACAUAAUGAUUCAAAUUGUGUUAAUUUAACAUCAAUUAAUGAAAUUACAAAUAAUAAUAAUAAUAAUAAUUAUUAUAAUUUUGAUUGGACAAAUCAAUUGAAAACUUUAAUAUUAGAUUUCACCACUACCACUACCAACACUACAAAUGCCACCACUGAUUUUGAUUUAACAAUUUUUGAUAAUUUCAUUAAAUUGGGUGGUUUUUAUAAAUUAAAUACUUUAAAAUUGAAAUCAAAUUUAAAGAGAGUUGAUGGUUUAUGUUCAGAAUUAACCAAAAAAGUUGAAACAUUUCAAUUAUAUGGUAUUAGAAUUGAUAGUGAACAAAUUUCAAAAUUACUUGCAUCAACUUCAAAUAAUUUAAAAUUCUUUGAAACUUCACAAUGUUUACCAUUAAUUGGAUCAAAAUCAAUUUGUGAAACUUUGAAAUCAAUUUUUUCAAAUUCAAAUAAUUCUUGUAAAUUAGAAUCAUAUCAUCAAACUUCAUACUCUAAUGAAGAUUUAAAUGAUUUAAUAUCACUUUUAUCAUCAUCAAAUAAUGAAAAUUUUAAAUCUUUGAAAAUUAAUAGUCAAAUUGAACUUUCAAAAAAUUCAAACUCCAAUAACAAUAACAACAGUGGUAGUGGUAGUAGUAUUGGUUAUAAUCAAUCAUCAAUUCAAUAUCUAUCAUUAAUAUUACCAGACACAAGUUUUUGUAAAUUUAUUUUCUCAAAAGUUUCAUUUAAAUUAACAACUUUAAAUCUUAAAUUUAUAAGAUUCUAUUCAUCAAAUUUAAACGAUAAAUUAAAUAAUGAUACAGAAAUGAUUGAUAUUAUAAUUGAAAUUUUAAAAAAUCAAAAUCAAUCUUUAAAAAUUUUAAAAAUUCAAAAUACUAUUUCAGAUUUAGAUAAAUUAAAACAAAAUCCAAUUAAUUGUUCAAUUUCAAAAUUAUUAUCUUUUAUUUGUGAUAAACAACAACAACAACAACAACAACAACAACAACAAAAUGAAAUUGAAAUUGAAGAGAAUCAAUUAGAAGAGAUUAAUUUAAGAAAUUUUUGGAUUUCAAAAGAAACAAUUAUAACAACAUUAUCAUCAUUUAAUAAUAAUUCAAAAUCAAAGGUUAAAUCAUUCUAUAUUUCAGGUUUAUCUGAUUUUAAGCCAACUGAUAUUAGUCAUACUUUAUUAUCAAAUGAUACAAUUUGUAAAUUAAUUUCAUUUGGAAUUUCACUAAUGUCAAUUAAAGAUAGGGAUGAUAAUAGUAAAACCACUACCGCCACCACCACCACCUCUUUAAAAAACAAGUUUUCUUCUGCUUUUAGAAAUACAUUUUCAAAUAUUAAUGAAAUUAAUGAUUGUGAUAAAAAUUAUUUAAAACUUUUAAUUGAAAUUUUAAAAUCAAAUAAAAUAAUUCAACAUAUUGAAAUUAAUACACCAACACAUCAAUUCACAACUGGUUUGGAGGAACUAAUAUCAACAAUUAAAAAUAAUAAAACUAUAGUUUCAAUUGGUUUAAAUAUAAAUAAUAAUAAUUUUAUUAAUCAAUGUUUAAAUAAUAGUAUUUAUCCAUACUUUAAUCCACCAUCAAUUAAUUAUUAA